AUGACCAGUCAGUCGCAAGGGAUCCAGCAGCUGCUUCAGGCGGAGAAGUGGGCCACCGAGAAGGUGCCCAAGGCCCGUAAGCGAAAGAACCGAAGGCUGAAGCAGGACAAAGCAACCCAGGAGAAGAUGACCAACCUCCAGACCUAUUUUUGGCAGAACAGAGAUGAAGUCUUGGAUAACCUCUUGGCCUCUGUCUGUGACAUCCGGCCAGAAAUCCAUGAAAACUACCGCACAAAUGGAUAGGAGAGGAAGAAAGAAGCACCUUUUCCAUGGAUUGGCAUUUUAGAUGCCUUCAUGGAAUAUGAAGCUUUAGCAAAGCUCAAGUUACAUUCUUAAGAAAAGGUGUUAAAUUAUUUUUGUAUGUUAUAUAGUAGGUCCCUUCACUUUUUGGAGAGUAGCAAAUCUAGCUUC